GUGUACUUGAUACAUUAUUUUUAUUUUUAAUAUAUUUUUAACAUUUGUAGAGAAAAUUCUUCCGAAUGCUCCAUCCAUUUAUAAGAUUGGUAUAGAUAAUGCAAAUUUAGAUAUAAAUGUCAGAGAAAAAGGUUAAUUCUUUUUAUAUCAUUAUAAAUAGAACUUAUUUUACACAAUAUAUACUAUAGAUACAUAUUUGCAUAAUAUUCUACUAUAUGCAAUAUAUUUUUAUAUGAUUUUCAUUAUAUUUGGACUUUUCCUCACUGUUAUAUAUUUCGGGAAAUGUAAUUGAACAAUGACAAAGUUAUUUUUUGUGAUUUUUAAAUUAAUUUUGCUUAAUAUAAUUUUUUAUUUUUAGAUAAUAUAUCUGCACAAGUUGACCAAAUUCAGUGUUCAUUACUAUCGUUCGAUACAAAUGAAACACAAUCAUUGAAUUAUAAUGAUUCUUUUUCUCAGGACGAAGAAAGUUUUCAAGAUAAUGUUCAGAAAGAUAAUCUGAAAAAUAUUCGGAGAGAUGAAUAUUCAGACAGAUAUUCUAAAAAGAUGAAAACACCUACGAAUAUAACUUUAUGCAAUUUGGAAAGAAAGCGAUCUGUUCCUGUCAUAAGUCAUAUUGAUUAUAAUCCCAAUUGUGACAUCAAUAAAAAAAUAGAACAUGAAUCUCAUAAAAGUAACUGGAAAAAAUACUUGUUAUAUUUUAUCAUCAGAUUAUUUUUAUUAUCUACGUUCUACCCCAACAUUUUUUAACAAUUUUUUUUUAAUGGGGAAAAGUUAUUCUACGUUACAAAUACAAGAAUGUGAAAAGCAGAAAUAUAUGGAAACGGAAAUUAUUAAUAAAAAAAAAGCUAUAAAUAAAGGAGAAAAUGCGCCAGAAGAAACGGUAAAUCGAAUAUUGGAUAUGUUGUUGGUCAUGAAUCGAAAAUUAGAUUCAAUGUUGGCCUUUCAUGAUGAACAAAAUCCUUCAACAUCAGCAAAUUGCUCUUUUGAUUUGUUACCUCAUAUACCGUUAAAUUCUAUGGAAGAUUUCAAAAAAUUUUGUAAUGAUUUAAAUGAGAAUGAAGAAUUACGAAAGCAAUUUCAGAAAAAAAUCCGUAACAUAGGUGGAAAAUCAGCAGAAAAUCAUUUGAUUAAUUGUUUAGUUACGACUCUUACCAACGAACUUGCCAAACAAUUAACAUGGGAAGGUCAACGUCACACAAAGGGUACCAUUUCAAACAUGUACAAUUCAUCAAAUUACUAUAGUCUAAAGAAUAAAUUCUCGGAAUGGUUAAGAAGAGCAGGAGAUAGAUAUCGAUACCAAUUAAAAAAAUUAGAACAUACAUUGCUUUCAUGAAUGGAAUGAAGGUAUGAGACAAGAUA